GCUCUUGGCUGGCUUCUCUUUUGGUAGCUUUUGAUCGAGUUAUCGCUGUGCUGCAACACACAAGCGGUUAGGGUUUCUCUAGCCUGCUGUCGUGACUAUCCCCACCUUUACUGGUCGCGUUUAUGGGCGAGUGUACCUGAACAAAAAAGAAAAGGGACUUGUUUUGAGGCUGUCAGCGCCCGUUGCUGGUUGAAAGCCUUAUUUUUCUAAAGGCUUUGAGUUGCCCUUCCCCCAGGGGGUUCACACUGCGAUUCGAUAUUCCCGCGUCGGUUUCGCCUUUACGUUUGGGCGGGCGACCAACGCCCUUCCAGAACCGGUUUACCAUCCUUUUUCACUGUGACGUGACCUAAUGUUCCGUCCGCACUCGGACCCGCUAGCUCUCCCUUCCCUUCCGAUUCCACCGCCUCGUACUUUUUCUCGCAAUAGAGCAAAGAGUGCAGAGGUUUGGGUUGACGUCCAGCGACGACUUGGCGGGGGAGACCCGGAACCGUCACCACCAUUACUCUUUCCAAAGCUGGGGAGCGUUGGACACGAGAUUCGAGAACCACAAGCACCUCCCAUAGCGCCGUUAGCAUCGCCGCUCCCACCACCUCCUUCACCUUCUCCGCCUCUCAGUAUCAACUCGCUUAUCGAUGACUAUGACAGGUCUACAGAAAGCUCUGGCACUGAAAAUGAGGGAGAUGUCUUUUUCACCCCAAGAGACGACCUUGCAACUCCCAAUGUAACGAAAUCACAUCGGCGAGAUUCCUACUUUCACAUGGUCAUACCGGCUUGCACAUCAUCAUGUCGGGGAGGUCAACGCUCAUGCUCAGAUAUUGGGCGAAAACUACCUAAUCCCGAAGCGCAAAGUGCUCACCGACGAAGAUUUGCGUCCGAUGAUCUCCCCUUGUCAUCGCAGACACCGGAUGACGAGCGAUGGAAUCGUUUGAUUGGAAAGAUGGAAGCAUGGAUGGGCAUGCUGGAUUCUUUAUCUGAAAAGUCUGUCCUUCGCGGGAGGUCGCCUACUCCCCGGAAAAGAUCACCACCACCGCAUCAUCCUGAUGGCAUACAAGUUCGGUCUGGUGAGGACAACAGAAUACACAUCGACAUUGAUCCCGUGGAGUACUUGAUUUCUCACAAUAGAAGAAAAUCUCCACAAACUGGGCAGAGAGACAUUCAGAGUGAGAGUGUGGAGCACAAGGCCGUGAUGGAGUGCUCUGAGGAAACACGAUCCGACCAGGGAUACGGGUCAGGAAAUUCGUCGUUGGAUAGUCCUGGGCCUCCUUUGAUUACCAUUAUUGAUGGGCGGGAACGCGAAAAGAUCGAUGGCGUAAUGCAUACUGAACCCUCGCUGCUUCAGUCAAUGGCUACAGAUAGGUUUGCCCCUCCCCGUAUGGCACGUACCCGGUCUGAUACAGCAUCCACCGACCGCACGAUUGUUCCAGCUUCCCCCAGUGCACCACAGGAUAGCUCAUGCCAGCCACCCGUUCCCCCAGUGAAUCCUGCUCGUCGCAUGUUGGAGAUGUUUCCCCCUCCCUUUCAAGAUGCACAUCCAACUUCCACAUCACCACAAACGCCCAGUCCAUUCCUUCGAGAAGGGGAGCAACUGGUUACUUUAUUUGAUGAACCGGAUGGGGCGCAUAAUAUUCUGUUCGAGUACAUUAUGGAUACUGGAAAGGGAACUGUGACCAAAUGCUUGGUGGGUGCAACGAGAACAAAGUUAAUCGAGUAUUUGACUGCAGAGGCUGAUUAUGAGUUUCUUGCGGAUUUUUUUGUGGGCUAUCGUGCAUACAUGUCGGCGAUGCAACUACUUAAGCUCUUGAUCCUACGAUUACGGUGGGCGCUACAGAAUAUCCAUAGUGCCAUCCAUACACGAGCCCUGAACGGGACGUUCAUUGCCCUCCAUCAUUGGUUGAAAUAUCAUUAUGACAUUGACUACGCGCCAUCAAGUACAUUGCGAUUCACCCUAUCAACAUUUAUUAUCAAGUAUUUGGAAAGUCACACCGCCAUUCAAGAAUCCCCACUGUAUUCAAGAACGGUGGAGACAUUGAAAGCGCUAAUACAAGAGGGCAAGGCGCGGAAUCUGGUCAUCAACGACAGGGCCGAUGCAAUACGUGGGAACAAGGAAAAAGCCAUCGAGACAAAAGGGCAAACUGAGCUUCGUAAAGUUUCGCCUCCUCUCCCCCUACGUGGGUCCAACAUAUCCUCUGCGACAACGAAUAGGUCUCGUAGCUCGGAAUAUACCCCUGCGUCAGAAACAUUCAAGCGGAAGAAACGAUCCAUCUUUCGUCGCCGCAAGCAUCGCAACAAUAUUCUCGAUCCAGAGACAGAUUCUGCGUCUCCAGGAUCACCGCCUGCUUCGUAUCGCUCCUCAGCAACCGGUUCUUAUCGGCCUUUUAUCAUGAACUUUCCUCCUGACGAAACUGCACGGCAUUUAUGCGUGAUAGAACAGGAAUAUGUUCGAGGUAUCCAAUGGACCGAAUUGCUGAACGCUCGAGACUGGACAAAGAGGGAGGUUGGAAAGGCCGACGGAGUCUGGAGAGUAAUUGAUAGGUUCAACAAGACAUGUCGGUGGGUAACCAUUGAAAUCAAUCGGACAACCGACGUGGAGGAAAAGGCAAGAGUGAUUGAGACUUUCAUCCGAAUUGCUCAGACUUCUCUGGCAUAUUGCAAUUUUUCGACCCUACUAUCCAUCUUGCUGGCCCUUCAAAACGCGGCCGUGGAAAAUCUAACCAAGAUCUGGUCCCAAGUCAGCUUGUCUGCCAAGGAUACUCUCCGGUCCCUCCAAGACUUUGCAACCCCCUUUCGAAACUUUCGCGCCAUCCGUUCUGCACAUGUACGUUGUACCGAGGGUGUCUCUAUCGAUGCUUGGGAAGGAGAGGACCAAGUGCAACUCCUCGGCCUGGACGUCCCACGAAAAAGUACAGGCAAAGGGAAAGGAAAGCCACCAGAGCGAUAUGGUGCUGUUCCCUUUCUGGGAUUGAUAUUGAGUGAUUUGGUCUUUAACGAGGAAAUAGACUGGUUUUUGGAGCCUUUUGGAGGUGACCAACCCGCGACGUCGGGCGAGCCAGGCGGUUCAACGGAAAGACAACUGAUCAAUGUGCAACGCGCGAGAAGGCUGGCAAGGAUUGUAAAACAUUUUAGGGCCUUUCAGCAUCCGCUGCGUAGGUACGAAAUUGAUAUUGAUGAGAAUCUAUGGAACAGCCUGGUUGCUUUGGAUGGAAUUUUGGAGGAUGGUAGGGCGUGAAUCUUUUCUUUUUUUUGCAUUGGCGGCGAGUUUUGCAUUGUAUAUCCCUCGUUGUGCGUAUAUUGUUUUCUUUUACGUAGCAUAUUCUGUUUUUGUAUAUAUGAAAGUAGUGUUAGAUGCGAGUGUUAGUCACUUUUAGUACACAUGAGCGAAGGGGCAGGAAGUUACCAUGUGCAAUCAUCUGUGAUGGUAAAAGUUGAAUUGUCAAGAGAUUUAUGAUGGGUUGCAAAGGACUGUCGACUUUUUGC